GGGCUUGAAUAUAGGAGGAGAUCCAUAUCUUUUCAGUUUCCUCCUCUAUAAUGUAUACAUGAAUAUCUUUUUACUUUUAUUAUUAAAUUAAAUUUAAGGAAAAUAAAUAAAUAAAAAAGGGAAAUAAAAAACCUGCAACUAAUAAAUCCCAAUUGUUUCGCUGUGUACGGAUUCUAUAUUGUUUCUCUCUUUUAUCUUCUUCUUCUUCUUCCCCACCGAGAAAAAACACAGUGUACAUCCAUGGUGAUAAACACAGAUUAGCAAUACUCAUAACUAAAGCACUUGGAUUUUUCAUUCAAAAAGCAGAAUGAAAAAUUCCGUCCUCUUUCCUCCAAUAAAAACCCCUAUCCCCACUACUUCCACCACCGAUAACGCCGCCCAUCCCUCCACCUCCGCCGCCGUCAACGGCGGAGCUUCCGUGAGACGCUCCAAGCCGCCGCAGCCGCCGCUAUUUGUCCCCCCAGGGCAUGUGGUCUUCCGCCUGCUCUGCCACACAUCUCGCAUCGGCGGGGUGAUUGGAAAAUCCGGCUCCAUCAUCAAGCAACUCCAGCAACUCACCAACUCCAGAAUCCGGGUCGAGGACCCGACCGAAUCCGGCGACCACCGCGUCAUCAGCGUCGUCUCCUCCCCCGCCGUCGUCAACAAAAUCAAAAUCUCCGACGAAGAAGAUGAGAGCAAUGGGGGUUCUGCCAUUGGCGGCGGAGUAGAUGAGGAGUGGUUCGAAGUGUCGGCGGCGCAGGAGGGCAUACUCAGGGUUUUCGAGAGGGUGGUGGAGGUGGCGGCGGCGGAGGGGGACUCCGUUGAAAGGAUCGGAGGAGGGGUCUUAUGUCAGCUUCUGGUGUGGCAAAACCAGGCCGGAGCUGUUAUCGGAAAAGGUGGGAAGGUGGUUGAGAAAAUCAGGAAAGACACUGGAUGCAGAAUCAAGGUUGUGGCAUUGGAGAAGUUUCCGUCCGGUUCGAUGCCCACCGAAGAAAUCGUGGAGAUCGAAGGUAAUCUUUCGUCUGUCAAGAGAGCACUAGUGCUCAUCACUUCCCGCCUCCAAGAUUUUCAACCGCCCGAGAAAACAACAACAACAUAUGGGAGCAGCAGACACUUGGAAGAACAGUCACCGCCUAUGCCAGCUGUCGAUCGAAGAUCGAUGCAGCCACCCAUGCCUUCGGUUGACCAACCCUCGUCAUUAGAUUCCGAGAGAGUCUCCAACGUAAACCCAACAAGACCACAGAGAGAAGUGUCUUUCAAGAUACUCUGCCCGAACGAACAAGUUGGCAGCAUAAUCGGAAAGGGAGGAUCCGUUAUCAAGGCCCUCCAAUUCAGAACCGGUGCUUCUAUAAUUAUCGGUCCCGCAGUAGCAGAAUGUGACGAACGAUAUAUAACCAUUUCUUCAAUGGAGAGUGUGGAAUCGGAAUACUCGCCCGCGCAACAUGCUACUGUUCUUGUGUUCAAAAGGUCUGUUGAAGCUGCUGGUUCUUUGAACGGAUUUGAUUCACAUUCGAAAGGAUCAAAUGUAACAGCUCGAAUUCUCGUACAGUCGAACCAAGUUGGUUGUUUGUUGGGAAAAGGAGGUGCGAUAAUUUCGGAGAUGAGAAAGUUGACUGGUGCUGGACUAAAGAUAAUCGGAGGCAAUCAAGUUCCAAAAUGUGCCUUGGAAAACGUUGAAGUUCUACAGAUUACGGGAGAGUUUGGACAAGUACAAGAUGCUCUGUAUAAGAUGACCGGCAAAUUGCGAGAUAACAUGUUUUGGAACUGUAAUAAUUCUUGGACGAGUGAGAAUAAUAGUUCCUAUGGCAGAACAAUACGGGACCCACCUCCUCCUCUUGGAUCACGUUUUGGUGCCUUGGAAAAAAAUCUCAAUAAUCAGAAUUCCUUAACCCAAAGUAUGGAUCGUCUUCGAAUUUCCAAUAAUAUAAAUCCGCCACCAUCUCCAAGUUUAUCGACAGUUUCUGGAGUAAAUCAGGGCAGUAUGGAUGUUAGCAGAAGAUUACAUGCCGUUACACAACUAGGCAGUGGAAGCAGAUCCCCGAUUGUGACGAAUACGACUGUAGAGAUUCUUGUCCCUGAUACUGUGAUUGGAUCCGUUUACGGCGAAAACGGUAGCAAUUUGGCUCGACUGCGACAGAUAUCUGGAGCGAAGGUUGUAAUACACGAUCCUCAUCCAGGAACAACUCAGAGAAUCGUAGUUAUAUCUGGUACACCCGAUGAAACACAAGUAGCACAGAGCCUGCUCCAAGCUUUUGUACUUUCUGGAUCGUAAUUCGUACCGAAGAAUAUAUAUGUAUGAAAUUCUUCCGAUUUUCCCUUAAUUUUUUGUUUUUCGGAAUUUCCUGGCCAUCUUCUAAAAGAGGGGGUGGGACCGCCGGGAAAGGUGCCUUAAGGGGUGAUCAAUAACUUUAUUACAUCAUUAAGUCCGGUUUAUCCAUACGUAAACUGCUGUAAUGACUCUAGAUUAGGGGUCCUAAUUAUAUUUUCCGUAGCAUUUUUUUUAGCACGUUGAGAUGUUACCACAAGAUCGAACCUUUGGGACGAAGCUCCAAUUUGUCUAAUUCCUUGAGUAGAUACAAAA